AUGGAGGUUCUGGGAUACAGCAAACUCCAAGCCGACUCGCCACCCGAGGCUAUGGUUAAGGAAGUGGAAAGAUCUCUCCGAUCGGAACAAAAUCAAGUAGACGGGCAUCUGGUGUAUGGGGGAGGGGAUCAUGACGCAUGUGAAAGCCUUUUGAAAUUUGGGAUCCAGGAGAGUGAUUUAUACAGGAUGAUCGAAGAAGUGAUCGGGGAGCCUGCUUUCUUUGUCCAUCAAGGCCCGAUCAUUAUCCACUCGUCCGACCACCCAACAGAUUUGGGGAUCGGUGCCGCCCACCCAUCUCGACAUGGAAUAUCAGUCUUCCGAGCCCUUUCAAGCAACCCGGAGGAUAUAUCAGCAACUUUGAAGCUCUAUCCUACGUCCCACCACUUGUCGAGCACUGAAUUCGCGCGACUAGGAGGCGCAAUGAAGUCCUUUGAUUUGCGAUCGAAGGAGAUAUUGUUUGUGCGAGGUGCAGUUAAAAUGGAGAUAUCACUGCCAGCUGGAGGUUCCCUGGUCUGGAAAGGGUUUUCGGAAGACCCAUGGGGGUCGGAUCUACCAUCAUCAUCCGAAGCAUUUGCCUUCAUGAGGAUCUACUCCAAGCCCACCCCAUGGCGUGCUGGAUCUGCGAGUGCCGGAUAG